AUGCCAAUGUAUGUUGCUGUAAAAGACAUUGGCCCGCUUGAUAGGGAGAAAGCAAUAAGAGUCAAGUGUGUUAGAUGCUACGAAAUAGCUGAAAACAGAGGGUCUACAGAGAUCAAGAGUCGAGAAGUGUUGGUCUGUGAUAAAGAGGGAACUUUCAUACAUUUGAACAUGCAAAAUAGUGAUGUCAAAAAAUACAAAAAUGUUUUCAUAGAAGGGAAGCUCUAUUCAGUAAAAAACUUUUUGGUGUUCACCCACUAUUAUACUUACAAAACUUGUGAUCACCAAUAUAUGAUUAGGCUAAACUAUAAGACUCAGGUAAAAGCAAUCAAAUCGAAAGGUUUUCCAAAUAAGAUGUUUCAGCUAAAAACCUAUGACUCUUUGAAAGACCCUACUCCAGUCAAUGACAAGGUGUUGUUUGAUUUAAUAGGCAGAGUUGUUGAGAUCCAUACUCCUGUUGACAAAAUAAUAGGAGGCAGACUAGCCAAACUUCUAGAUUUUAAAAUGGCUGAUAAUGAGGGAAAUACCUUACAGUGCACUGUGUGGGACAGUCAUGUUUGUUCCAUGCUACCAUACUAUGAUUCUGGUCUUAAAGAACCACUAAUUUUGGUUCUUCAGCUUUGUCGGGCAAAAGUGGUCAAUGGUUUUCCAUUGUUCAUUAACAUCUAUGUUGCUAAUAGGUUAACUGCAACAAAUAGCCCUUUACGCAGUAUCAGCACUGCAACUGUGUUGUCUCAAUCCACAGGCAUUGAUGACUUCACCAGUGGUGCUUUGACUGUCACUCCAGUAGCUGAUCUGUUGAAAAAGAAGCAGUAUCAAGAGGGCAUGGCAAGGUAUCGGGUCAAAGUUAUUGUUCUAGAUAAAGGUCUACGAGAUGUUCCCUUCCUUUUAUGGGAUAGGGAGUGUUCUGAAUUAGUUGGUAUCCCAGCACACAGUUUGUACACGAAGUAUAAUAAGGUUUCUGACAUUCCAAGAGAAUUGGAAUCCUUAGUUGGUCUGAGAAUGAUAUUUAAGAUAUCAUUAAAAAUGGAGUUCAUGAAGGGAGCUACUUCAGCCUACACUGUGGUGAGAGUUCUAAGGGAUGAAGUCUUAGUGUCAGCAUACUGUUCUAAACUUAUUGAAGACCAAGAGAAGGACUUGAUGACAAAAAUGAUAGAUGAGGACGAGGAUGAAGAUGAGGAAUCUGAUCAGGAGGCUUCUAAUGGAGACAAUGAGGUCAACAGUCCAUUAAGUAUACAGCAGUCUCAAAGUCUAGACAUUGAACCUGAAGAUCCUAAUGGUGUAAAGAGAUCGCUUCUGGAUCAAUUCUCCUCCUCUAGGAAGAAGGGAAAAAAUGUUGUUGUUAAACAGGAAAAACUUUAA